AUGGAUCAGACAGCAAGGAAGAAGCUGGUGCUAGAGGCUGGUGUAGCUGGCAGGAGUGUGGAGCCACCUUGCUCAGUGCUGGCCCUCAAGGGGGCUGUGCUGAAGGUGCUGCUGAGCCAGCCUGGGGGUGUUGCAGUGUGGGAUCUUGAGAGGCUGUUCUGCCAGCACCACGGCUGGCCCCUGGAGCUUCGCCAGCAUGGCUACCACUCCCUACAGCACCUGCUGGGAGACAUGGCAGACCUGGUGGUGCUGGCUGAAGAAGAAAAUGAGCUGCAGGUGCGGUGCCAACACCCCACCUGCCAUCUCACAGGAACCCCCAUGAAAACCCCCCAGGUCCAGGUGGAGAAGUGGGCUGGACCAGACCCACUGCAGGCAGGUACAGUCCUGGGUGGGGGUGUAACCUCCACCCCAUACCAAGCCAAGGACACAGAUGUCAUCUACGCUGCCAGCUUCACCUCUCCCUUUGCAGGUCCAAGGGCCUGGAGCUCCUGCCAUAACCUGUCUACCUCCCAUCCAUGCAAACUACAGGCCAAACCUCACCGCAAACGUGGCACCAGAGGCAAAGCCAGCAUCCCACCCAACCGAACCAUCUCUCUGAGCCACCUCCCCCAAUCCCACCUACCAGUUGCCAGCCAUCAGCAGCAGCUGCCCCUGCUGUCUUCCUCCAACCAGCCCCUGAGCCUGGAGCUCUUCCAGGCCACUCCUCCAGUGCCCCCAGUACCAGUUCCCACCCUGGCUCCUGGUCCCAGCCAGCUGCCCUGCCCACAGCACCCAGCCAAGCCCCAGAGGGACCCCCCAGCAGCAUCUCAGGCCUUCCUCCAGGCCCAGCUGGAGCAGAAGGUGGCACUGGUGCUGGAGGGCCAUCCAGAGGGCAUGUCACUCUUCCACUUCCGUCAGGCCUAUAGUGCCACCUACCUCACCUCCUUCCCACUGGAUGGUGCCACUUCUGUGAAGGACAAGCUGCAGGCUAUGCCCAGGGUGGUGAGGGUGCAGGGCUGCGGGGCACAAACUCUGGUGUUCUCUGCCACCUCCCAGAGGCCUGCCACAUCCCCCAAAUGGCUUUUCAUCACUGGAGAGGAUGAAGGCCACAUUGGGCUCUUCCAGUCUUUCCAAGAGGCUGCUUCUACUCCUGCCUCCUCCACUGCUGCUAGGUCACCCAGUGUCAUGUCCUGCCUGCCUCCUUCCACCUCUGCCAGCUCACUGGAUGCCCAGUAUUAUGCUAAUUGCAUACCGGUUCCAUCAACCUGUGAACACCAGCAUGAAGCCCUAGCACCUCAAGCUACAGCUCUGGGGUAUAAGAAGAAAUGCCACAAGCACAAGCCUAAGCUCUGCAUCAUCCUGUGAUGCAUGGAGCUAUAUGCGGGGCUUGGAUUUGCCAGGGGAGGAAGGGUUGCAGAGGAGCGUAGGGCAGAGAUAGAUAAACUAUGCUUAUUCCACUCAGCUGACCAGUCCCCCCCAGUGGCAUUGGUCUAUGGAAGGUGUCUUCAUUAUCCCAAACUGGUGUCUGCUCCUUUGCCUUCCUUUAUACCUGGGGUUUUUGGGGUCCUGCUAACCUGUUGGGGGAUUGGGAGAAAGUAGACCUAGAACCCAACACCUUUUUUUACUGAGGCAAAGCAGCAGUGGGAUGGAAGUAGGAUCUGCCCCAUCCAGAGGAGUCAAAGCAGCUCACUGGAUUUGGUGAAUGCACAUUCAGAGACAGUAGCAAAUCUAAAACCCAGCAAAAUUCAUGACAAUAAAACCUGAGACAGAUCUGUCGGAUUUGGUGAUGCAUACUCAGCACCCACCCAGGGUUGGGGCCGAUAUUAGCCGUGAUGCAAGCACAUCUAGAAUUAAACCUUGCUAAUAGCAUGGUUGAUCUAGAACCUAUCCAGUUGGUUCUAGCUUACUUGGGGGCCAACUAGAAUAUACUUCUUUGCAAUGCUGGUCUAGAAACCAGGCAACUUUGUUGAGAACUGGUUGAUCUAGGACACAUUCCUAUUGAGGUAAGAAUCUAGAAUCCAGUGCAAAUUUUUUUGGGUUAGGUUCUAUAUUAGUCAUCAUCUGAUAGGCUGGGUAUAGACCUACAAGCCAGGCAUUUGGGUGGUGGGCACAUCUAGAACCUUCCCAUUUCAUAUGGGUAUGGGAAAGGACUGUGUGCGUGGGAGGGAAGGUAGAAUCCAGGGCUCCUUUUUUGUCUAAAUGGAGACAUGGCUUUGCCCCGAGCAAAGGAGUAAAGCAAUGUUUAAGCACUUCUUUUCCCUGCCCACUGAGGGGAGUGGGGCAAAAUCUCAAUUUUUAUGUUCUAUUUUACAAAACUCCAGAUGUUUUCUCAAUAAAAAUUGCUAUUUAAACAGUU